AUGCCGUCAACCAUAUCACGGGACUCUAGUAGUUCAUCCAUUGGUCGCCUCGAUGUCCUGCCUCAAGAACUACUUCUUGAAGUUCUCGACCUCCUCGACUUCCAGUCCCUGUCUCGGCUUUCCCGCGUCUCUCUUAAAGGAAAGAGGGCCGUAGAAGCAUUGCGAUCAUAUCGCGAUGUGAUGACACAUUCCCCAGCAAUACUCGGCGCGUUGGGAGCAACACGGCUGCUUCAAAUUCACUCGGCCGCGUUGCUUCGACAAGUGCUUCUGGAAGGGCAGUGUGUCUCCUGUUUCGAAUUCGGAGCCUUUCUAUUCCUCCCAACCUGCGAGAGAGUCUGCUUUGACUGUCUUCACGAAAACCACGCACUCCACAUGACGACGGUGACCUUCGCGAAACAGUGGUUUGCCUUGACGGACGACCAGAUAGGGAGAAUACCUAUCCUGCACAGCAUUCCUGGUUCUUAUUGUGUUAUGUGGCAGGUCACACAUCGUCAGAUUCACCGUCUCGUCAGCAUCAAACAACUCAAGCAGUUAGCAAUCGACGUGCACGGUUCGCCAGAGAAUGUGGCCAAGCUCAUGCCCAAAGACUCGUCUGGAAUGGAGUACAACGAGUUCCACACUCUCAGGCGGUUUCAUGAAGCCCCUUUAGAGCCACCUGGAUGCGACCUGUCAAAGCUCCCACCAGAUGAGAACUAUGUGAGAGACAAGUAUUGCGGGAUGGCAUCUAUCCGAAUGCCUGUUUUGACCAGUUCUGGUCCUGAUUAUGGCCGAAUGUGUCUAGGUUGCAAAUACGAAGAGUCUGGGCACUUUCUCGGGUCUAGGCCCUUUUCUGCGGUUGGAGACCCUCUGCCACCAAAUAUCGACCCAGCUCGUCUGCUUCUUGCGACAUUGACCCGACUUCGAGCAAAGAGUGGGUUUAUAGACCACAUUAGGGAGUGUUCUGGAAUUCGUCGAAUGCUCCAUUACUGGGGUGACGAUUUUUGA